AUGCCUCUCCAUCUCCUCCACAAAAAAUCCUGGAAUGUCUACUCCCCUGCGAACAUCGAGCGGGUCAAGCGCGAUGAAGCCAAAGCCCGUGACCAGGCUGCCGAACAAGAGAAGAACGAUUUGCGGCGAGAAGCAGACGAUAGACUCUCCAUCUUACAACAACAGGGCAAGGGCAAGAGUAGGACCUUGAAACGCAAGCUACCGGGGGAAGAUGACACGGAUCGUGAUAUUCGACUCGCCCUGGAAAGUACAUCCAAGUCCACAAGCAAGCCGAGGCAAGACUAUGCUUCCCUUGUUGACGCCGGUGGCCAUAUCUCCCUAGUUCCAGCGCCUGAGAAACGGUCUCACGUAGAUCAACAACAAAGAAAAGAUCCAUACACGGUCUACCUCUCAGACGCUGUAAACGGAAGAGAUGGACCUAAAGACACAUGGUAUACAUCCAUCCAGCCAGAGCGAGAGAAAUGGGGUGACGAGGAUCCCCGGAAACAGGAAAGAGAACUCACGCGGCUCAAUGCAAAUGAUCCUCUCGCCGCUAUGAAGCGGGGUGUCAAGGCUCUCAGAGAGAAUGAACGACAAAGACAGGAGUGGAUGAAGGAGCGUGAGAGAGAUCUCGCAGAAGUCAAAGGCACAAAGAGGAAUGAACGGCACCAUAGAAAGCGCAAGAGGAGAACGGCCCAUGACAAAGAUGAUUUGGAGAGUCUGGAAGAGUUCAAUCUGGACGAAGGAUAUACCAAAGCAGAGGUCAGCGCUCGACACCAGGAACGAAGAAGUGAACAUCGACAUAGGCGUCGCCACGAGCACCAUCGCCAUCACCGCCAUCAUCGUCAUGGGCGACAAAAAGAGAAUCAUCAGAGUACAGACGAGGACCUAGGCCAUCGCAAGGAACAUGAGCACCAGGGGAGAGGCGUUGCCGAUAGAUUCGGCGGCAAAGGGGCCGAGACCACAUGA